AUGGGAGUAAGUAAUUUUGCAACCCUGUGCUCAAGAGUACCCCUUCCUUUGUGUUCAGUAAUCAAAUCAACCAAGCAUCUAGUGGCUACAAAUUCAACAAUAGUUGAUAAUUUUGAUAUAAAGAGUUUAAAUGUGGGUAUAUUACCACGUUGUUACGCAAGAUCAAUUGAAUUAUCAAACACAAUUAUUUUUCAAGUUGGUAAUGCAUUCAUUAAUAUCGGUGCCUUAGGUGUCAUACUGAUCAUCCUAUAUAAUAUUAAACAAAAGUUCACAGCCAUUGGUAGGUCAGAAUAUUUAUAUUUUUUCGAAACAAUGUUUAUGACUAUCAUGUUCACAUUAGUUGUAAACUGUGGUGUUUCUCCACCUGGUUCAGCUUCAUAUCCUUACUUUGUAGCUAUACAGAUUGGUCUCGCGGGUGCUGCUUGUUGGUCCCUAUUAAUUAUUGGGUUUUUGGGUUUUAAUCUUUGGGAAGACGGUACGACUAAAUCGAUGACUCUGGUUCGUGGAUUUUCUGUUUUAGGGUUUAUUGCAAAUUUCCUGGCUGCUAUAUUAACCUUCAAAAAUUGGAUUGAACAAGGACGUAUUCCUAACACAGACACCACAGCAUUCUUUGCUGUUGUUUAUGUAUUAAACUUGGUUAUUCUAUUCACCUAUACUGUUUGCCAAGUAUUAGUCUCCAUCUACGUGGUUAGAAAUUUAUGGGUUACCGGUGCCAUCUUCUUGGGUGUAGCAUUUUUUACCAUUGGUCAAGUUGUUGUGUAUAGAUUUUCUGUUGAGGUUUGCGAGGGGGUUACUCAUUAUUUAGACGGGUUAUUCUUCGGUAGUAUUUGCAAUAUUUUCACUCUAAUGAUGCUCUACAAAACUUGGGAUAUGACAACUGAUGAUGAUUUAGAAUUUGGCGUUUCAGUUAGUAAGGAUGGUGAAGUUGUUUACACAUAA